UGUGUGAUGAAGUUCAGAUGCGCGCCGUUGUUCCGUACGCGCGUCACCAGCGCACAGAGAGAGCAGCUCGCCGACGCGAAGCGAGGAUGGAGAGAUGUGUAGCUCACGACCAUGGCAGGCUCUAAAUGUGGCAUUAAACCUCGAUUACUGACGUUCUCCCACUUUUACGGGAUAUGUUUCCACCCUGUGUUUGAGCAGUAACCCAGCUGCUUUGGAUUCAGAGAUCCGGUGUCGUCUUUCGCGUCCGUCUUACAGUUGAGAAGCUUCCAGGGCUACGUGGACCGUAAACCUCGGCUCGGUCCCUCGCCGUCAUGUUCUAGUUCACUCGGACGGAAGCCGCGUGAUUCUUUAUUCAGGAAAUGUUGGCAUGGCCGCCUCGGGAGCGCAUAAGUGUCCGAAGAGUGAGAAGUUGGACGAGGCGCAGGCUUUGGCCAAGAGCUGCGCGGGGAGACCAGACUUCCUGCCUUGUGAUGGACUCUCCAUCUGCGCUACGCACAGCCACGGGAAGUGCUUCAAACUGCACUGGUGCUGCCACUUGGGCUGGUGUCACUGCAAGUACGUGUACCAGCCCAUGACCAAUGUGUGCCAGCUGCCCAGCACAGCCGUGCCACCUGCUGGGGCAGAGUACAGUAACACCAUAGACCUGUCCUUGUCUCUGGCUGAGCGCUUCCUGAAGCUCGCCCCCUGCUUCCAGUCCCCGCCUCACCUGGAGUCCCCCAAGUACUGCGUCAUCGCGGAUCUGUUUGUGGACGACUACAUUGUCAAACGCAUUAACGGAAAGAUGUGCUACGUGCAGCGCCCCCCGCCUCCCUUACCAGAACCACCUCACCCUCCUACCCCCCCGCCAGCUGCUCUUUCUACACCUCAGCUGGCCCCGAAUCCUGCUCAGCCUCGGCAGCCGGUGAAGCCCGCACCGCCAACCCAACACACACCUGCACCUGCACCUGCACCUAUGCAGCCGGUCCAGCAGGUGUACAGUGAACACAAACAUCCCUCCCCCGUGGAUAAGAUAAAAGGCCACAAAAUGGACCACUGCUCCUCUCCGUCAAGCUCCGAGGAUUCUGGCAUCAAUGCGCUCGGCCUGCACUACCUGGAGUCCUGCGAGGAGGAGAGUGAGGAGGAGGAGGAGGAUGACGAGUUGAGCACAGACGGGAACUCCAGCCCCGGUAGCCUCUGGGACCAGGAUGACUGUUCUCUGCUGUCCCCCUCCAAGUCUAUGAUAGAGAUCAUUGAAAAGAUUGAAACAACUGUGUAAGUGACACAACGUCGACGCGGGCAGCAGCUGUGAGGGAGCACAAUCCACAUGGCAGCAUCAUUACACAGAAUAACACUCGAGGAUGUAUUCUACAUGGACCAAGAGGACACAAACCCCUGUCUAAUGCUACAGCAAGCAAUUUGCUGUGUUGUUUGGAGUUGAAUUCGUUUUUUCCUGCAGGUGGCCGAGGACUUUGCACUCACACACAGCCUUUUCCUCUGUCCACAUCCCCCUGCAUGGAGUGAAUUUCUAGAACUUAUUAGGAUAUAGGAGAGAGAAGAAGCACAGGAAUAUUAAGCACAUGCACAGUGGACCAAAUGAACUGAUUACUUCUACAUGGUAGUUAAAACUAUGUAAAAUCCAAAUCUAUAGUAGGUGCACCAUCAUCUUCCAUCAGAGGCAAGACUUUCUUUCUGAGACUUGCCUUUAAGUAUAUAUUACUGGGGAUAAAUUAUGUAUGAGCAAAAGUGGUACAAGCGGGUUUUGUGAUGAUAACGAGCAGUUAGGUAAUUAGUUAGUGUUCUCCUGUCGGCAAUCUGGCACUCAAAUUUAAUGCAUUUAAGGGGCAGAGAAGCCUGCCAUUUCUCGGUCUCUGGUCAGUGGCACCACCCACACCUUUUACUAAAUCUGACACUUCAACAUAAUAAGUACAAGGCCAGCUACCUCUCUUGGGCCUAAAGCACAUCAGCCUUUUACCCAUUAAUUACUCAGCUGCGAGCUGCAGGGACACACCUGCUUUUAUCACUUCAAUAACACAGUUUGUCUGUCUGCACUUUACUGACACCAACACGAGCAGUAGGCAUGUAGGCAGGUAGGUCUUUGUUCGACAAUCAAGAAUUACACAGAAGCACAUUCCUGCACCGUACCUGCCAACGAGAACCAAUGAUAAACCGUUUAUCAGACAUUAACCCAUCGUUCUGACCAUCUUUUGUGGUCAAGCUCCUCUGAACUGCAGUGCUGUUCAAGGUUAAAUAGGAGGUCAUGAUUUGGGACAAACCAAAUCGUGACUUGUAUUGACCUCUACGAGCAGCCGAGAUAUUAAAUAGCAUGGACGUGUAAGUGGCAGAGCUACAGUGACAAAAGUAGGAGUCACAUUGUCACAGCAGAAACUAGUGAAACAUAGUGAAGAGGGAAUAUAUCUAAUAUAUACCAGUAUACAUAUAAUCUUAGUUAAUGAUAAAACUGCAUUGUUAUUUGCUUCUUUGGGCUUGGCAGUGAAAUGUCUUGUGAUGCCAGUUGAAAGGGGGAGUUUGGGGGAAGGCUAAUUGACUAAUAUGUCACAGUUAUUUUGUGCUAUGGGGGCAGAAAACUGUCACCUGAUGCACCUUUAAAAGGAGAUCACAGUAAGGAGUAGGUGUUGUGAUGUUGUGAUGGACAUGAUGUUGCAAGAAAUACACUCAAAUAUAAAAUUAAUGAGACAGCCCCUUAUUAGUAAGUUAGUGAAAUAAAGAUGGGCUGGGUCUUCUUCAUUUUUAUGUUUAAAGAGUUUGGUUUUUUUUUUUCCUGGAGAGUUAUCUGCAAAAAUCACUGAAAUAUUCACAACUAUGUAUUGCUUCAAUGCUACACUAGAUGUUAAAAAAAUUGCAUGACUGCAUCCAUUUACAGAAGCCCCUCAUGUCAGAAACCAAUUUAACAAAUUUGUGAUGCAGAGUGUUCAAAGAGCGGACAAAUCCUGUAUCUGUUAUUCAAAUAAAAUGUUUUUAGUCAGAAACAGCCCUUGACAUUACACUGAACACAGUCCUUCUUGAUGCAGUUUAAAACAUGUCUUUUGUUCUUAUUAUUGUUAUAUUAUUUUCAUAUGAAUAAAUCCUAAUGAAACUCA